AUGGACAUCAUUGAGAGGGAAGAACCCUCGCUGGACGGGAAGCUGGCCAAGCCCAUGUUCUGGGGCAAGGUGGCGGGCUUCACGGCGCAGGAGCUCAGGCCAGAGAUGUUCGACGAGUGUCUCAAGCUGAUCGAGAAGUACCUGAUCCCCGAGGAGGCCAUGUGUGUCGCGCUGGACAUGAAGUCGGACGCCGUCAGCAAAGCCACCCUCCUGGCCAGCGCCAGGGACUGCAUGAAGGACGGCACCUCCAUCGUGGUGCUCAAGGGAGAGGACUACGUGGAGGAAGAGGACGAGGACGACGGCGGCGAAGAGCAACCUGCAUCAGGUGUGCCCACCGCCGGCGACAGCGGGGACACCCACGACGACGCAGUAGAUGAAGGGGCGGGCGAAGCAAACGGGGUAGGCGGCGAGGCGGGAUCAGUGGAGACACAGGACGAGUCCGGGGACGCGGUGGACGCGGUGGACGCGACGGCGGUCGCGGAGGACAAGGAUGCGGACGAAAGAGAGGGCAGCGAAAGGAGCGAGCAGAAGGACGAGCAGGACGUUCAAGCCGAGGAGGACGACGACGGCACCGUGCUGUCCUCGGAGGAGGAGCGCUGGCGGAAAGAGAGACGAAAGCGGAGGCACAAGAGGAGAAAGAAAAGAAGACAGGCGGAAGAGAGGAAGCAGUUGGAGGAGCAGCAAGGCGAUCAAGUGGUGGAAGAGGAGGCGGAAGCGGAGGCGCGGGACGAGGAGGACGACGGCGAGGACGAGCGGCGCGUCGUGGCCGUCAUGGUGGCCAGGGUGGUGCAGCGCACGCAGCACAUGCGCUCCUUCAGCAGGAUCAAGGUUGUCCAGGGCGACGCGUACCAGCAGUGGCUCGCACUGCGCUGCCACCUGCAGAAGACAGCCAAUCUGUUCGAGCGCUACAACCUGGACACGUACUACCGAGUGUAUCACAUUGUCGUGCACCCCGACUACCGCAAGAAGGGCGUGGGGUCGUUCCUAGUGAAGCUGGCGUCGCUGCGGCUGGCCGAGCUGUUCGCGGGCCUCGGCACGGUGUGCACGGCGGUGGCGCCGUCCAGGGCGUCGCAGCGGCUGCUGGCGCGGCAGGGCUUCAAGCCGCACGCCGUGCUCCACUACCACGAGUGGAAGGACGACCAGGGCCGGGCCAUCAUCACGGGCGCGGGCACCGGCAACUACAGCGCCGUCCUGGCCGUGUUCGAGGUGGCCCCGCGCGACCCCGACGUGCCGCUGGACGUCAGCCCGCUGGUGGACCGCGUGGAGGAGGUGCCGGAGGGCCCGCGGCCGGUGACGGCCUUCCCCGGCCGGGAGCAGGGGCUGUCGCGGCCGCCCAAGCCGGAGUGCCCGCCCGCACACGAGGAGCCCCCCUUCGGCAUCGCGACGGCGAGGCCGCGACCGCCCAGGGCGCUCUCCGAGUGGCAGGCCGACGACGGCCAGGACGACCGCGCCCUCGACCGCGCCCCCGGCAGCCACAGCCAGUUUUGA